AUGCGCGUCGAAACGUUCCCCCUCUCGCCCCCGAGCCUCGAGGAGAUCGCCGCGCACCUCCAAGCGCCCCUCGCCGCCAACUACACUCACGCGUCCGUCGGCGUCGUCCGCUGCCCCGACCUGCGCGCCGCCCCCUUCCACCUGGCCACCGAGGGCCUCUCGGGCGACGAGAAGAUCGCCGACGUCGGCGGCCAGCCGAACCUGUUCCCCCGCCCGCGCCUCGACACCAUCUGGUCCCUGCCCGAGGUCGCCAGGGCCAUCGGCAUGAGCCCCGAGAGGGGCGGCCUCAUCGGCGCCGGCGCGGGGCCGUUCCACGUCCUCGGCCAGAACAGCGAGCUCGCGCCGAACCUCGGCUGGUCCGGCGGCCUCGGCGAGAAUGAGAUUGACAACCAGAGCCGGGUCAUUCUGAUCGAACGCGGCAGCGAUGGCGGCGACGGUACCACGGGGAAGAAGAACGCCGUCAGCGUCCGGGCGGCGCCCUCCACCGACUGCGGGCUGAUGGCGAAUCUGUUCGCGUCCCGGGGCGAGCCGGGCCCCGUGCUCAGGAUCGCGGCGCGGGGACGAAAGGGGCCGGAGAAGAGCUUCACCGAGUGCAUCCGCCAGGGCCUGCGGGCCGCGUACGGCGGCGAGCGGACCGUCAGCCUCGGCGGGGCGUUCGUGGUGAGGGCGGGCAGGGCGACGUACCACGUCAUGCCGGACUUCCCCCCGGAGCGCGACCUGCCCUUCCGGGACCGCAGGGCGGUGGAGGACUGGCUGACGUUCCACGACUUCGACGCGCCCGUCGUGGGGCUGUCGGUGCUGCACUCGGCGGACCCGGCCGGGGGGAUGGCCUUGCGGAUGGAGCACACGCACGCGUUCUCGGCGGCCGGGGAGGAUGCCGGCGGCCACUACCACUUCGAGGCCGAGGGCGAGGGGGACGUUAUCGAGUACGAGGGCUACUUCAACACCGCCAAGGCCAUCUAUCGGGUGGACCGGCCGGCGGGUUCGAGUUGA